UGACCACCCUAUGCAUCUUUAACUCCGACAAUAUGUCAGCAUUGACAGUUUCUUAUUUGUAAACAAACAAAAACAAAACAGAACCAUCUCAAUCAAACAAUCAUGAAUAUUUUGCCAAAGAAAAGUUGGCAUGUUCGCAACAAGGACAACAUUGCUCGCGUUCGUCGCGAUGAAGCCAAAGCGGCAGAGGAGGAAAAGGAACGUCAGCGGAGGAUUGCGCUAGCCGAUCAGGAAGCAAAAAUCAACUUUCUCCGUCAAAAGGCACGUGCCGGCAAGUCCGAAUCAGCCCCAGAAGUAGAGCCCGAUGAAACAACGAAACGAAUUGAAGGGAAAGAACACGUAAAUUUUUUCGAAGACCUAGAGGCUGGCAGAUGUGAUGGGGUGAAACGGAAAAACAAGGAGCAUGAACAGGAGAAAAAGGAAGAACAAGAGAAAUAUGAGAAACAGGUUGGAUAUCUCACAUACUUGGGUCAGGACACUAACGAGGCGCUAGGUAAACGUGAUUGGUAUGAUGUGGCUCCCAAGAGAGACGAUACACUGGAUAAGGAUGGUAAACGGGUUGAAGUUGGUUUGAAGACAAAAAUUUACCAUGAUCCAUUGAAUGUUAUUCGUCGUUACCUGCCGGAAGAGGCAUCGCUUCCUUCAAGUUCGAGCCUCGCGGCCAAAACGGAGCAUGAAGCUUCAGUUUCCAAAAAUUCUGUUUAUCAGUCAUUAACGGGUACAAAGUCGAAUAGAAAAAGGAAACGCAGUGAGAGUAGCUCAAGCGAGAGCAUCAAUGCACCGAAGCGUAAAAAGAAGAAAAAACACCAUAAGAAGCGUGGUAAAAAAGACAAAAAGAAACGUAGGAAACGAAAAAAAUCAAUCAGUUCAAACGAAUCACCAGAUGAAAGUGAAAAACAAGAGAAAAAAGCAAAAUUGGAUAUGCUUCGAAAGGAGAGGUUAGCCCGGGAGCAAGAAGAAAAGGCCCGAACGGAGAAAUUACUAGCGAAAAUUAGAGGAGAUCCAGAACCGAAACCGAAGACAGCGGUCGUUCCUGUAACGGUAAUUAAGCAAAAAUAUAACUCCCAGUUCAAUCCAGAGCUAGCAAAGCAAAACUAUGAAUGAAUAAGUUGAUUCAAAAGGUAAAAAUGUUCCUUUGAAAAGAAAUAACGAAACAGUUUUUAGU